AUGCAGGACAUCAACUCGUUCCUGAGCCAGGCCAAGCCCAAGCUGCAAAUCCCACACCUGCAGUGGCCCGGCGCUCUCAGCAUCAGCAUUCCCGACCAGUUCCGCCCCGCCAGCAGCAGAAGUAAAAGAAGCCGAUCCAAGAAGCCAUGGAGGCAACCAUUCAGGGACUCGACCAGCAUCACGAGGCUGCAGCGCUCCUUCAACCCUCUCGACGGCGUGCGUGCAAUCCAACGCCAUAGGUGGGGCUGGCUGGAUAUCCAGUAUCCCGCCCUGGCUGGCUUCAUGAUCUUCUCCCUGGCGAUAGCGCCAAUGCCCAUAUUCGUCAAGGUCGCCGUGCCCAUCCUGUCGCUGCUCGUGUGUUUGAUGCCCGCCACGAGACAGUUCUUCUUGCCUUCGAUGCCCAUCUGGAUAUACUUGUUGUACUUUUUCUGCAGUCGCUUUAUCCCUGUCCAAUACCGGCCGCACAUCUGGGUAAAGGUUCUGCCCGCCCUCGAAAACGUUCUCUACGGCGCCAACUUGUCCAACAUUCUUUCUGCGCACACCCACCCCGUCCUCGACCUACUCGCAUGGCUUCCCUAUGGAAUCGGCCACUUCGGCGGCCCCGCUGUGUGCUCUCUCUUCAUCUUCAUCUUCGCCGCGCCUUCGACGACUCCCGUGUUCGCCAAAUCCUUCGGCUGGCUCGCCCUGACUGGCGUCACACUGUCGUUGGCGUUCCCAUGCACGCCGCCUUGGUACGAGAAGGAACACGGUCUGGAGCCCGCCCACUACGGCAUGCCCGGCAGCCCUGCCGGUCUGGCCCGUGUUGACAAGCUUUUCGGGGUCGACAUGUACACCACGAGCUUCACCACCGCUCCCGUGCCCUUUGGCGCGUUCCCCAGCCUGCACGCCGCCAACGCCACGCUCGAGGCGCUGUUCAUGAGCUUCUGCUUCCCCCGCGGGAGGGCUUUCUUCAUCAUGUACGUCGGCUGGCUGUGGUGGGCAACCAUGUACCUCAACCACCACUACGCCGUGGACCUGGUGGGUGGCAGCCUGAUCGCCACCGCCAUCUACUACAUUGCGCGCACGCGCUACCUCCCGCGCCAGCAACCCGAGAAGCGCAACCGCUGGGAGUACGAGUACGUUGAGGUCGGCGAGAAGCCCAAGACUCUGGACGAGGAGUACGGGUACGUCGGCGUCGGAGGCGAAUAUGGCAUGGGCCUGCUCGAGAGGAGGAGCACUCACCUGAGCGAGGACGACGAGUGGACCAUCGGCAGCAGCUCGAGCUUCUCAAGCUCGUCUUCGCCCCGCACCAGCAUCACGAGUCCUACCUUGAUGUCCCCGACGACACCGACCGAGCCUGACUUCAACCACGUGACGAUCCCGAUGAACAUGAACGGGCAACUGAUGUGGGAUGGUGGCGAGCGCGGCUCUGCGAGGGAAGACGAGGUCGCCGAGGUCGUGGUGAUGAGGUAG